CCCAGUGCCGGCCGCCAGUUAAGUUCCCGCUUCCUGUCGCCGGUACCAUGGAGGCGGCGGUAGAGGCAGAAGUAGAAAAUGAGGACGGCGACAGCAGCUGCGGGGAUGUGUGCUUCAUGGACAAAGGCCUGCAGAGGACUUGAAGCACUAAUUAAUCUGACUAAACUGAAUUUGUCUUAUAACCACAUAAAUGAUCUUAGUGGGCUGUUGCCUCUUCAUGGACUUAAGUAUAAACUUAGAUAUACUGAUCUACAUAGUAAUUGUAUAGAUAGUAUCCAUCACUUACUUCAGUGUAUGGUAGGAUUGCACUUCUUGACAAAUCUUUCUUUGGAGAAGGAUGGAGAGGGGAAUCCUGUCUGUCGUGCACCAGGGUACAGAGCAAUUAUUCUCCAAACUCUGCCACAGCUUAGAAUUCUAGACUGCAAGAACAUAUUUGGUGAACCAGUAAAUGUGGCAGAAGUAAAUUCAUCACGCCUACAGUGCUUAGAAGGUCUUUUGGAUAAUUUAGUUUCUUCUGAAUCUCCCCCAAAUAUAAGUGAAGAUGAGACUUCUACUACUUUAAUAGAUAAUGUUCCUGAAAAAGACCUGAGACCAAAAAGAGACACAGAUAUAACUUCUGAAAGCGACUACAGAAACAAAAAAGAAGUUCCUCGAAGAUCAAAAAUCCCAUAUUAUGCCAGAAGUAUUCAAACUAUUAAGCAUCACAAUAGAAACAACAACAUUUUUGUAAGUUGUAAUCGUAAAAUCAAACAACCUUACUUUAAAGAUUUGUAUGUAAGAUCAUCUUUAGCAAACUAUAAUUUUUUACAAGAAUUAGAAGAACAGAAGAAUGAAAUGAUUAAAGUAGAAAAUAACAUCGCAGAAGACAACACAUACCGGUCUCUUGUUGAACAACUAGACCAAGAGAGAGAGAUGAGAUGGAAAGCUGAACAAGCUGAAAAGAAGCUAAUGGAGUAUAUUGAUGAACUACAUAAACAAGCAAAUGAAAAAAAAGAUGUUCAUAGCCUGGCUCUACUUACCACAGACAGGCUAAAGGAUAUUAUUUUUAGAGAGAGAACUGCCAAAGCACAACUUGAAGUUAUGGUUCACAAGCUUCAAAAUGAAAUUAAAAAAUUAACUAUUGAAUUAAUAAAAGCAAGAGAUCAGCAGGAAGAUCACAUUAGACACUUAAGAACCCUGGAAAAAGCAUUAGAAAAAAUGGAGAGACAAAAAGGGCAACAGCAGGCAGCACAGAUAAGACUUCUCCAAGAGGUGGAAAUCAAGGCUGCAGCUACUGAUAGAGAAAUAAACUUACUUCGAACUUCUCUUCAUCAAGAAAAGGAACAAGUGCAACAACUUCAUGAACUUCUGGCAUUGAAAGAACAAGAACAUAGGAAAGAACUUGAAACAAGGGAGUUUUUCAGUGAUGCUGAGUUCCAGGAAGCAUUAGCUAAGGAAAUAUCCAAAGAAGAGAGAAAACAUGAACAAGAAAUAAAAAAAUACCAUAAUAAAGUUGAUAUAUUAAACCAGCAAUAUUUGGAUUUAGAAAAUGAAUUCCGUAUUGCUUUAACUGUUGAAGCCAGAAGAUUUAAAGAGGUUAAAGAUGGUUUUGAAAAUGUUGCAACUGAGUUAGCCAAGAGCAAACAUGCUCUUAUUUGGGCUCAACGGAAAGAAAAUGAGUCUUCCUCUUUAAUUAAAGAUCUGAUCUAUAUGGUAAAGGAACAAAAAUCAAAACUUGCAGAAGUUUCCAAAUUAAAACAAGAAACAGCAGCAAAUUUACAGAAUCAAAUCAACACUCUUGAAAUUUUGAUUGAAGAUGACAAGCAGAAGAGUAUUCAAAUAGAACUUCUCAAGCACGAUAAAGUCCAGCUUAUAUCUGAGCUAGCAGCCAAGGAAUCACUGAUUUAUGGAUUAAGGACAGAAAGAAAAGUAUGGGGACAUGAGCUGGCACAGCAGGGAUCCACUCUAGCCCAGAAUCGUGGAAAAUUAGAAGCUCAAAUUGAAAGUUUAUCUAGAGAAAAUGAAUCUCUAAGAAAGGGAAAUGAAAGGGAUAUUGAUGCAUUAAGAAUAAAGUGCAAAAUCAUAGAAGACCAAACUGAAACCAUUGCAAAAUUAAAAACUAGUUUACAAGAAAAAGAUGAACAAAUCAAAAUAUUACAAGAAAAAAUCACCCAAAUAGAAAAAUCUGCUCAAGAACAACUUGACGAAAAAUGUGCACAGCUGGAUAGUAUAAUUGAGAAAUUGGAAAGACACAAUGAAAGAAAGGAAAAGCUGAAACAACAGUUGAAAACAAAGGAAUUAGAACUUGAUGAAAUUAGAAAAGCUUACAGUACACUUAAUCAGAAAUGGCAUGAUAAAGGAGAACUUUUAUGUCACCUUGAAACACAAGUAAAAGAAGCAAAAGUAAAAUUUGAAAACAAGGAAAAGAAACUUAAAGCCGAAAGAGACAAAAGUAUUGAACUACAAAAAGAUGCAAUGAAAAAGCUUCAUUGUCUGGAUGAUGCCUUUAAGAAACAAGUCGACGCAAUUGUUGAAGCUCAUCAAGCUGAAAUACUACAACUGGAAAAUGAAAAGCAGAAAUGUAUUGAUUCUGCAAAUUUAAAGGUUCAUCAAGUUGAAGAAGAAAUGUGUGAACUUCUGGAAGAAACAUGCAAGAACAAAAAAGCAAUGGAAGAAAAAAUUAAGCAACUUGCUUGUGCUCUAAAUGAAAUUCAGCAAGAUAUGUGAUGGUUCUGAGAACGAAUUUAAUUGAAAUGGACCAGUAGACCUAUUGUAAAAAUGAUUAAAUAUUGUAAUAGUAGUAACUGCUAUGACUUUGAAAUGUCUCUUUCUACACAUUUCAUUUUGAAUAUAUUUUAAAAGAUUUUUGAUCAACUAUUUGUAUAUGUAGGUUUUUAUAAUAAAUUGUUGAU